GAAGCAGCUGCCGCUAAUGGCUCGGAUCACUCGGCCGGUCUUUGUCGGAGUCAACCUGUUACACAAUCCACCACAGUUGGUUUAACCAUUGCAUAUCUCGUUCUGUUCUUUGCGGCGUUGCUUGGCAACUCGAUAAUCAUUUAUGUGGUUCAGCGCCACCCAAAGCUCAGAACAACGUUUAACAUGCUCAUUGUCAAUAUGGCGGCAUCUGAUAUUCUUGACGUCAUCACUGCCGUGCCGCUCUCUGUGGCGUACUUGUUUGUGAGUGUCAAGUGGUUUCCUGGGGGAUUUGGUGUAUUUCUUUGUAAGCUGCUACCAUUCCUGGCAUACCUCUCCAUGGGGGCCUCUGUUUUGACGCUGACCGUAAUGACUAUUGACCGAUAUUUUGCCAUUGUUCGCCCGAUGAGAAGACCUCUGUCCAAACAGUUGACCAUGGUAGCAAUUAUCCUGACGUGGCUCAUUUCAGGCGCCAUUUUUGCAACUGAGCUUUACAAAUUCAGGCUCUUCAACGAUUCCGGUCAAGUCAUAUGCGCACCCAGGUGGGUUGAGAAUAUCCAAGACUCGCACAAGAUUACCAUGUUCGAGAAGGUCAUUCGGUUCGUGUUGUUAUACUUGGUUCCGCUGCUAACUAUGGCCAUGUUUUAUUCCAAAAUUGUGCUGCAUUUGUGGAAAAGGAAGGCACCUGGAGUGCACAUCGACAAAAAUCAAAAGCGUAUCGAGAAGCAGAAACGUAAGGUGGUCACAAUGCUUGUCACUAUAGUGACACUUUUUGCCAUUUGCUGGCUUCCAGCGCACGUCAAUCACUUCCUGCUGAUGUUUAACUUGAAGGUCCAUAGUUGUCUGCCUCAUUCAUUGAUCCUAACAUUUUACUUUUUGACUCACUCUAAUGCAGCCAUCAACCCGUGUCUAUAUCUGGUCUUCAACGAGAGUUUCCGUGAAGGAUUUAAGCAUCAAGUCUACAAUCGUUUGAGCAGAGGGAAUUUCAACGGAAGUGAGCGUCUGUCGACUACCAGAGCUGAAGCUUUUAGCGCCACUACAUCUUACAAUUCCCUUCUGUCAACUAAGCAUGGGAUUAGAAGGGAUUUUGGGUCUGCGGCUUGUCGGACUAUGCUUUGA